GGCUGAAUUAGCAGGUCGUCUUUGUUUGUUGGCGUCCGGAUUGCUUGCAAUCACACUCUUGGAGUGACGUGGCAGGCACACAGCGACAUCCGUUAUCCUUUCCCUUUCGAACCAUCCAAUUCCAUUCCUUCCGGCAGGGGAAACACGAACACGGUCACGCACUCCGCCGAUCCCGCCACCGCGGCGCGGGGACGCGCACAUGCUGCCACGAAUACUCCUCCAGUCCUCCCCCGUGGUGCCGGCCCCCACCUGACCCCCGAUCCCCGCAACCUUCUAUCCAGAGGGGAAAAAAAGAAGACAAAAACCGCCGGCGAGCAUGGGCACGCAACCCGGCUCGGCGGUUCGUGUCGCUGCGGAUGAGAGCUCGCUCCCUGGACUUUACUUAACUCUACUCUGAGUCUCGGAUGCUCCAGAGUCCAGACUUCCGGGAUUAGAAAUCCACGCACAUCGCCGUGCACGCACGCGACGGCGGAGAUGUCCGUGGCCGUGGGGAAGCGGGUGCUCGAUACGGGCUGGCUCGCCGCGCGCUCCACCGAGGUCGCGCUCACCGGCGUCCAGCUCACCACCACGCACCCGCCGGCAGCUGACCCCGCCCCAGCCGCGCCCUGGAUGAGCGCCGCCGUCCCCGGCACCGUGCUGGGGACGCUGCUCAAGAACAAGCUGAUCCCCGACCCCUUCUACGGGCUGAACAACCAGGCCAUCAUCGACAUCGCCGACGCCGGGAGGGAGUACUACACCUUUUGGUUCUUCACCACGUUCCAGUGUGCCCUGUCAGGAAAUCAGCAUGCGACUUUAAACUUCCGGGGAAUAAACUACUCAGCUGAAAUGUAUUUAAAUGGGCACAAGGAGGUACUACCAAAAGGAAUGUUCCGAAGGCACAACAUUGAUAUUACUGAUAUCCUCCAUCCUGAUGGUAACAAUCUGCUUGCUGUCCUUGUUCAUCCUCCUGAUCACCCUGGCAAAAUUCCUCCUCAGGGGGGCCAGGGUGGUGAUCAUGAGGUUAGUCUCAUAUCCUUCAGAUUUGGAUUGUCUUUUGCUUCUUUUUUUAGCAAAGCUCAAACAAGACUUGUGUUGCUUAGUUGCCAAUGUGUUUUCCCUCGGAUGAUUGGAAAAGAUGUUGCUACACAAUAUGUUGAAGGAUGGGAUUGGAUGUGCCCAAUAAGGGAUCGAAAUACUGGUAUCUGGGAUGAGGUAUCAAUUUCCAUAUCUGGGCCUGUGAAUAUAACAGACCCCCAUCUGGUUUCAACUUUUCAUGAUGAUUUUAAGAGGUCAUACCUACAUUGUACACUUCAGUUGGAGAACAAAAGUUCUUGGAUUGCAGAUUGUACCUUGAAAAUACAAGUUUCAACUGAACUUGAAGGGAACAUUUGUUUGGUGGAACACCUUCAAAGUUAUGCAAUAACAGUUCCUCCUCAAUCAGAUAUAGAGUACACCAUUCCUUCUUUAUUCUUCUAUAAGCCCAACUUGUGGUGGCCAAAUGGCAUGGGAAAGCAAUCCUUAUACAACAUUGAGAUUAGUGUGGAUGUAAAAGGGUUUGGAGAAUCUGAUUCCUGGAGCCAUUAUUUUGGAUUCCGCAAGAUUGAGAGUACAAUUGAUGAUUCUACGGGUGGGAGGAUCUUCAAGGUAAAUGGUGAACCUAUUUUUAUCCGAGGAGGGAACUGGAUAUUGUCAGAUGGCCUUCUUAGAUUAACAAAGAAGCGAUAUAUGACCGACAUCAAGUUCCAUGCUGACAUGAACUUCAAUAUGCUUAGAUGUUGGGGUGGUGGGCUAGCAGAGAGGCCUGACUUUUAUCAUUUUUGCGAUGUCUAUGGUCUGAUGGGUUGGUGGAGAGGUAGAAACACUGAUAUUCUCAUAGUAGACGAGGGUGCUCUAGAACUACGCAUGAUGGAGUUUCUAGAGAAGCUGACGCAACCAGGAUGCUUCGGCAAUACCAUUAGCGAUGGCGCGAUACUCCACCUCAGCACUCGAGUGGGAGACGACGUUCUGACACUUGGAGGACCAGGUUACAAGGUAUGGCAAGAAUUUUGGAUAACUGGAGAUGUUGAUGGCCGAGGAAUUCCUGUAUCUAACCCUAAUGGCCCUUUGGAUCAUGAUCUCUUUCUUUUGUGUGCUAGAGAUACCGUGAAAUUACUCAGGAAUCAUGCUAGUCUAGCUUUAUGGGUUGGUGGUAAUGAGCAAGUUCCACCGGUUGACAUUAACAAAGCACUGAAGAAUGAUUUGAAGCUACAUCCAAUGUUUGUAAGUUACCAGACAUCAAAAAGUGAAGUAAUAUAUUUAUCUGAAGAAUCAACUGACCCUAGUAAAUACCUUGAUGGUACUCGGGUGUAUGUGCAAGGAUCAAUGUGGGAUGGUUUUGCGAAUGGUAAAGGGGACUUCACUGAUGGUCCAUAUGAGAUUCAGUAUCCAGAGAGUUUUUUCAAGGACAGCUUCUACAAAUAUGGGUUCAACCCUGAAGUUGGGUCUGUAGGGGUUCCAGUUGCCGCAACAAUUAGGGCCACAAUGCCUCCAGUAGGAUGGAGCAUUCCGAUUUUAAAGAAAAGAAUUGAUGGGUACAUCGAAGAAGUACCAAAUCCAAUAUGGGACUACCACAAGUAUAUUCCAUACUCAAAACCAGGGAAGGUCCAUGAUCAGAUUGAACUAUAUGGAGCCCCAAAAGACCUGGAUGAUUUUUGUGAAAAGGCACAGCUGGUGAACUAUGUUCAGUACAGAGCACUUUUGGAAGGAUGGACUUCCUUCAUGUGGACAAAGUUUACAGGUGUCCUAAUUUGGAAGACGCAGAAUCCUUGGACUGGACUAAGGGGCCAAUUCUAUGAUCACCUCCAAGACCAAACGGCUGGGUUUUAUGGUUGCCGGUGUGCUGCUCAACCUAUUCAUGUCCAACUGAAUUUGGUUACCUAUUUUGUAGAGGUGGUAAACACUACAGCUGAUGAACUCAAAGACAUGGCUGUCGAGAUUUCAGUGUGGGAUCUAGAUGGUGCAUGCCCCUAUUACAAAGUUACCGAGAAAAUAGUUAUACCGCCAAAGAAAGUGAAGCAAAUUAUCGAGAUGAAAUACCCAAAGAUGAAAGAUGCCAAGCCUGUGUAUUUUCUGCUCCUCAAGCUCUUCAGGCUGUCAGACAAUGGAACAAUCUCCAGAAACUUCUACUGGUUACACCUUCCUGGGCAGGACUACAAAUCGCUGGAGCAGUAUCAGCAGAAAAAGAUUCCAUUAAAAAUUGAUUCUGAUGUUUCAGUCUCAGGCACGAGGCACAAAGUAAGAAUGACAGUAGAGAACAUCUCAAAGAAGUCCGUAGUAGACAGCACACGUUCAGUAUCAGCAAUGGAUCUAGGUGAUGCAAGUGGUUCCCACAGCACUCGCAAAGAAACUACUCGGAAGGGAAACGGGAGCGACGGACUGUGGAGGAAAAUACGCAGUGGCCUCGGGGUCGCAAGACCAAGCGACAACCGAAGAACACUGGAGGUCAGCGGGACCGAUUCAGGGGUUGCCUUCUUCCUCCAUUUCUCAGUGCACACCUCCGAAUCAUCCACGGACGGGGAGGAAUACAAUGACACAAGAAUCCUCCCGGUCCACUACUCGGACAACUACUUUUCGCUGACGCCGGGGGAGAACAUGGCCGUCGACAUCUCGUUCGAGGCUCCCCAGGGAUCCAGUCCCAGAGUUGUCCUCAGAGGCUGGAACCAUCAUCUGGACCACGCCGUGAUGAUCUGAGAUCCGUGUAAUAAAAUAAGCACGUACCGAAUAAAGUGCAGACAUCAGAUCGUGUUCGUGCCUGUUGUUGGAUUAUAAUUAGGCUUGUCCUAAUUUUAUUUUAUUUUAUUAAAUAAAUCGUACGACCUAAAUUGAAUUCUAGGUUAAAUGGCUUCAAGGUACUCUA